AUGCAGUGCAUGUUGGACCACCCAGAGAUGAAGAUGAUCAAGCCGAGUGAUACCCGCUGGAUAGCUUAUCAGCGGUCUGUCACUGCUGUCAGGAAGUCCUUGGUGCCACUUCAAGCUAGUCUGGAGCACUUCCAUGCUGAUUCAGGUGAUCCAGAAGCCAAAGGCGUCCUGAAAACCAUGAAUACCCUCAAAUUUGUAGCGAUGAUCCAUAUUAUGUCAGACUUGCUGGAGCCAGUUACUAGACUUAGCAGAGUCAUGCAAGCAAAGACCCUCGAUAACACCUAUUUGAAAUGUGAAGUGAGUAUGUGUGAAGAGGCAUUAGAAGCUCUGUUGGCCAAUCCAGCCCAGGGGGGAAACGCAAAGAACAUCAAACAAGCAUGUGAAAACCUGGAUAUCCCAUGUACUGAUGAAAGCCUGGAUCAGUUUCUCACCACGAAAGCUACGCCAUAUAUCAGCACAGUAUUGAAUAACAUUCAAAGUCGGUUCUCACAAGCUUCGCACCUCCUUGUGGCCAUGUCCAUCUUUAAUCCGAAGCUCAUCCCUACUGUUGACAGGCUGGCUGAUUAUGGGAAUCAGCAGAUAGAAACAUUACUUGAAUUUUAUGGUGCCCCAACAACAGAGAUCUUACAAGUGCGGAAUGAGGAGGACCAAUCAGCAACAGUUGGGCCUGAUGUUGAUCCUGGAGAAACGAGAACAGAGUGGCGAGCAUUGAAAAAACUUUUGGCAUCUGAGUAUAAAGAACUUUCUGCCCAAGAAGUUCUACAGGAUCUCACCAAAUCGGAAAUGGGCCCGGUACUAUACCCAAACCUGACAACACUAAUGACCAUAGCCUUGUGCUUGCCGGUGUCCACAGCAACUGUUGAGAGGUCCUUCAGUGACAUGAAGAUGAUCAAGACCCGUUUGAGAAACCGACUCUCUGCUAAAAAUCUUGAUCAUCUCAUGCGCAUCUCCAUUGAAGGCCCUCCAAUGAGUGCUGUGGACUUCGAUGCGAUCCUUGACAUUUGGAAAGAAUUCAAUCCAAAUCGUAGAAUAAUAAUCUAA